AUGGCUUCGUCUGCUGCUGCUGCAGACGCCUCCACGUCUACGGAGACACCUCGCCUGCCCUACGUCAUCUAUGAAGGCGACACGGUUAUCUGCCAGACCAGCGACGGCCGAAUGUUCUUCCAGACCAUCGCCAAGGACGAGUCGGUUCGCGUCGGCAAGAAGGUAGCAAGUUUGAAACCAGUCAUUGGCUCCUUCUACGGUGCCAUCUUCGAGGAACAGAACAAAAAGCUCGUCAAGGUGACGGGUGGACUGUUCCCGGAUCCUGUGGCUCCAGAAACGGGCGAUAGCUUUGUGCCGGAUGGAGACAAUCGUCACUAUGCGGACACCAACUCGGCGCAGACGUUGAAGCAAACGGAUAUCGGGGAGCUGCGUGAGAGUGGAGCGUCUGGUCAAGAAAUUAUCCAAAAGUUGGUGGAGAACAGCUCGACGUGGGAGACCAAGACGGAGUUCUCCAAGCAAAAAUACCUCAAGAAGAAGCAGCAGAAGUACAUGCCUCGAGUGCGGUUCCUGCGGUGCACUGCUGAGUCGCUGUGCCGCACGUAUCGACUGAAAAACCCGGCCAAGAUCUGCAACUUGCGCGAGGAUUCGCUGGGUCAGAUGCUGGUUUACGGCAACAUCUUUGCAGGUGGACAGGUGCUGGUGGUGGACACCUGCAUGGGUUUGGUAGCGGGAGCCAUCGCUGAGCGUCAGGGAGGCUCUGGACGCAUCAUCUGUCCCUACGAGGGUCAGCAGCCUGCAGCGGAUAUUCUGCGCCGUUUUAACUUCGACAAGCGGACCCUCGAGUCUAUUCACUACAUGCCAUUCAAGCAUGUGCGGCUGCUUGAGAUGGAAGAAGAAGAUGUGACGGAACCAGUGAAGGUCGCCAGAGAUGGAUUGACCCCUGAGGAGCGAGAACAACUCGCUGAGGAACGUGCCAAGAACUUCACGCCUGAGCAGCAGAAACGCUAUGCCGAGAAGAAAGCUCGACGCGAGCAGACGAAGAUUUACCGUCAGAAGCCGUCGACUAUUCGCGAGUGGGCUCGUGAAAAGACUGACAGUCUCGUAAUAGCGGCAAACUACGACCCCGAGGAGGUUUUGAUGGCCUUGCUGCCGUAUCUCGGUCGAUCCAAGCCGUUUGUGGUCUACUCGGAGUUCCUUGAGCCGUUGACCCGGACCUUCGCCAGGCUGCAGAAGAUGGAAGCCAUCAUUGACCUCCAACUGAACGAGACGUGGACACAUCCUGGACAUCCCGCCUCUUGGAGUUACAGCAAACGCAUCCGACGAUACUGA